GGAAUUCCUAUUCCCCACUACCACUUUUUGCCCUUUUCUUUAAAUACUAACCUUAUCUGGCCUAAAACCUCUGUAUCUAUUUCCUUGUUGAGUUCACAACACCAUCAAAACACAGAUUCCUACACCAUGAGUGUGAGAUUUUCAUUCUUCGUCGUUUCAGUUUUAAUGUUAUUUGGGUGUGCAAAGUCAGAUGACUCCAAGGACAAAGAAGAGUGUGCACAAUCAUUGGCUGGUUUAGCAACAUGUCUUCCUUAUGUUGGGGGUACUGCCAAUGCCCCCACACCAGAUUGCUGCAGUGGACUCAAACAAGUGCUGAAAACAAACAAGAAGUGCCUCUGUGUGGUUAUUAAAGACAAAAAUGAUCCAGAUUUAGGCCUCAAUAUCAAUGUUACACUUGCUUUAAAUCUCCCUCAAGUUUGCAAUACCCCUGCCAAUAUUUCCCAAUGCCCUGCUCUACUCAAGUUGCCCCCAAAUUCACCAGAUGCUCAAGUGUUCUAUCAAUUUGGUAAAAAUUCCAGCAACAAUACUGCAAGCACCCCAGUAGCAGGAGGGCCAAAUCCUACAGUUGAAGCCAAUCCUACGAGUGCACCUGCAGGAACCAGUAGUACUCCUCGAGCACGUGCCCAGCAAAAUAGUGAUGGUUUCUGCAUAAGAAACAAAUGGCUUGGAUUGGAAACAUUUGGUGGAUUAAUCCUAUUGUGGUUUUUCAGUUCAAAUUUUUAAUGUAAUGGCAAAUAGCUAUAUGAAACUCAGAUGUAUUACUACUCUCGUUCAAGUUCAUUCACUCUACUUAAGGCUCAUGUUUUUUCGAAGACCCUUUUUGGUGAAAUAAAGACUCAUUCUCUAAUUUUUGGUUUCAAA